UGAAGCUGUAACGAUUACGACUCUCAUGGAGCUUUGCGGCAUAGCGCGGGAUGGAAUGAUUUCCGUGACGCCUGUUGUCUAAACUGCGCAUAUAGGAAAUAGAUUCAGAACGUUCGGACCGGUGUCCUUUUAUAAGCGCGCGGCGCGAAGCAUCCGGGUGCGCCCCGCGAUCCUUCUUUGCUCCCCCUCCUUGCCAGUAUUCGCAGUCCGAAGGUAAUUUAAGAGUAAGCGCGGGCAUCACGUUCACAAGUGAAGAUGGGACGCUCCUCCAAAGACAAACGUGACAUUUACUACCGUUUGGCCAAGGAAGAAGGGUGGCGAGCUCGUAGUGCAUUCAAACUUCUGCAGCUGGAUGAGGAAUAUCACUUGUUUCAAGGUGUCUCCCGGGCUGUGGAUCUCUGCGCAGCACCUGGGAGUUGGAGUCAGGUUCUGAGCCGAAAGCUCAAAGGAGAAGAUCCUAAAAAUGCAGAUAUCAAAAUAGUGGCUGUAGAUUUGCAAGCCAUGGCUCCAUUGCCAGGAGUCAUUCAGAUCCAAGGGGACAUCACCAAGGUUUCAACAGCUCAGGAAAUCAUUCGCCAUUUUGAGGGGCAGCCAGCUGACUUGGUUGUGUGUGAUGGAGCCCCUGAUGUGACCGGACUCCAUGAUAUAGAUGAGUACAUUCAGGCCCAGCUGUUGCUUGCUGCCUUGAACAUCACUACGCAUGUCCUAAAGAAGGGGGGGACUUUUGUAGCUAAGAUAUUCCGAGGAAAGGAUGUCACUCUCCUCUAUUCCCAGUUGAGGAUAUUCUUCCCUGAUGUGACAUGUGCCAAACCCCGAAGUAGCCGCAACUCUAGCAUUGAAGCCUUUGUUGUUUGCCAAAACUACAGUCCCCCUGAAGGCUAUGUGCCAAACAUGUCCAAUCCCCUGUUGGAUCAUUGUUAUGAUGUGGAUUUUAAUCAGCUGGAGGGUCCCAAUCGGGUCAUUGUUCCUUUCCUGGCUUGUGGAGAUCUGAGUGCUUAUGAUUCUGAUCGGACCUACCCGCUACAGCUGGAUCCUGAGAAGGAAUAUACCUACGUGCCUCCAACCCAGCCGCCCAUCCGUCCUGCCUACGAAGAAGCCUGCUUCUUAAAGAAACACAACCUCCUUACCAAGGAACAAGUCCCCCACCCUCAGCUGUCAGAGCAGGGGGCCCAAAAUUUUCCUCUACAGACUGAGGUUGUAAAUGCCCUGGAGGAACUGUCAGUGUAACAUGACCAGAGGACUGGGGAGAGAGAAAUACGCAUGUGCAUUGCCCCCUGCCGGGUUGAAAGACUUUACAUUGUAUCUUCUGCAGAAGCAAAGGCGGGGAUGAUGGGCUUGUCUCCAGAGUUGGAACUUGUGGGGUGGGUCUCAGGGCCUAUUGGUACCAUAACAGGCCUUUGGAAGCACAUCAAAAUGCAAAAGAACUCCACUCCCCAAUAGACACAAUCGCAGGUUGCAGUCAUAGGAUACAGACAAUCUGGCUAUCUGUUCUUCCAGAGCAGACUCAGACUUCAGAAGCAGGCAGCACAUGGCAGAGAUUAGCCAGGGCUGACAUGCAGGGCUGCUGUUUUAGUCCUCCUGGCUGUUAUGAAGCAGCUGGAGAGGCUGUCUUUUCCUUCCCCGCUUCCUGCCUUCUUUUCCCUUCCAAGGGGGAGAAUUUGUGGUGGUUGAAACCAGGGUCAUCACCUUACUCCCACCCUUCUCUGUCCCUUUUUCAGUUCUCCCCACCCCCAGAUCUGCAAGAGGGUGAAAGCUGAAGCAGCCACAAAGAUGGAGUAUUUUUGCAGGGCUCCUCAUCAUAAUCACAGAUAUUGAAAGUGAGAUAGGGAAGGGGGUACAGUUUUGCCCUAGACCAUAUUAGGCCUGUUUGGGGUAAAUGAAACAUUGCUGGCUUAGGAUUUAAGUGUGUUGUACACACAGAGCCAUAGCAUCCUCAUCAGGUCUGUUCUGAAGUGAGAUAACAGAUAACCUGGAUGUUCAUAUAAUGUCAGUUCUAGGAUAAAAACUCUGCAUAGCUUGCUUCUGUUAGUUUAAAAGACAUUUAACUUAAUUCCUGGUUAGUUUGCAGCUUUUCCUAUUUUAUUGCUCAAAAAGCCUAGGAAAGUCCUCUGUGCUUAAACUGCAGCACUUAUUUUAAUAAAAUCUUAUCAUUUUUU